UUCGCAAGUUUCACAGAUUAACUUUGACGCUUGAAUAAAAUUUGAUUAGAUUUAUUAAAGUGCGAACUGAUUGCUGCAAUGGAGGCCAAAGCCGAGUCACCAGUACCAACAGCAAAUGCUGAGGUCGCCAAGGAAUCCCCUAACAAUACACCCCCUGUGAGCAGCAGCAGCAGCAGCAACAACAGCCAAGCCGCAGCAACUACAUCGGGAGCGGGAAAUGCAGCAGUAUCUCCAACCACAAGCAAUAGUGCUGCUAGCACUCCAGGAGUAACCCCAGCAAGUACAUCGGGAAACAAUACACCGCAGCAGCAGCCGCAGCAGCAGUCAGCACAACCGCCACCGGCUAAGAAGCCUGCAAUUGUCGUCGCCAGCGCACGAACCGAUUCUAGUACAUUGCCAAUGCUGCCCACACGCCAGUAUCUCGAUCAAACUGUGGCACCAGUCCUGCUCCAUGGUUUACAAGCAUUAGCACGCGAGCGCCCCACAGAUCCUAUUCAAUUUUUGGCAUCGUAUUUGCUCAAACAUAGCAAUGGCUGCGAAGAAAACACGACCUCUGAGACCAGCUCUUAAAGAUAUAUG